CAUGAAUGAAUUACUUAUACAACAAAAGCUGUCCGCGGUCUCCCUCUCCCCAACGCCCAUUCCAGACAAUGAGGAAUUACCACUCCCUGCCUCUGCCACUCCUCUUCGUCCUUAUACUUCCCAUAGCUUCCUUAUUAGUUGUCUCAACCGAUGCUUCCACUGCCCAUUAUUAUUCCAAGCCGCUUUCGUCUUCGUCGUCUCCAUCCCUGGACCAGCUCCGGCCACUCAAGAAUGCAGACAACGAGACCAUCUACAGAGCGUCGAAGCAGCUCUGCUGGAACUGCAUAGGGGAGUCAUUACAGUUCCUCUUCUACCAGAACCUGGUCCGAGCCUCCAAGUGGGAGCUCCCUCUCAUGUGGGACUCCGACCUCGAGCGCUACGCUAGGUGGUGGGCCGGGCAGAGGAAAUUGGACUGCAAGCCCGAGCACUCGUUCCCGGAGAACGACUUCAAGCUCGGUGAGAACAUAUACUGGGGCAGUGGUUCCUCGUGGGGUCCGCGUGACGCGGUGAGCGCUUGGGCCGACGAGGAGAAAUACUACACCUACGAGACCAACUCGUGCGAGUCGGGGAAGGUGUGCGGGCACUACACGCAGAUCGUGUGGAAGACCACGAGGCGGAUCGGGUGCGCCCGGGUCGUGUGCGAUGACGGGGAUGUGUUCAUGACCUGCAACUACGAUCCUGUUGGGAAUUAUAUUGGCGAGCGGCCCUAUUAAAUUUCUACAAUUAUUUAAGGAUUUUUCAGUAUUAAUUAUCUGAAAAUCUCUUGUGGUUACAUAUUUCAAUCCAAUAUAUAAUUAGGAGGGUGCACUAUAUAUAAACGGACGUAGCUAAUGGAACUGAACUGAAGUUCACGCACACACAUAUAUAUGUUAAGAGUCGCUAGUAAUGAUAUGUAUUAUGAUAUAUACUUUUUCUCCACUGGAUA